UAUGUGUACUACUACUAUAUAGGUAAUUACUGAGGAGAUGCGGGAGAUGACUGCCGCGGCUGAGGCGACCGAGGCGACCGAGCCGCCGAUGCCGGAGCCACCGCCCGCGCCGCCGACCACGGUGAACGAGGAGUCUGCUGAGGAGCUGCGGGAGCGGGCGCCGCCGCCGGAAUCAUCUCCGCUAAUCACGCAGGCACGUGAGGGGGAUGGAGAGAGGGUGGUGGUCGUGCCGCCGCCGCCGGCAUCGCCUCCGCUGAUCAAGCCGGCGCUUGGGGGCGUGGUUCCGGCUGCCUUCUCGUCGUCUCCGGCGCUGCCACGGCCGCCAGGCUAUGCUGCCUCCGAGUCUGACUCGGAUCUGGAUCACGAUCCGUUCGCCAAUCCGUCCGAUGAAGUGCGUUGGAGAAUUCGUUUCAAGAUGACCGGAGGAUGGAGAUCUGGCGGGAUGGUUUCGUGUAGAUGCAUCCGCGCUCAAGUUGGACGACGGUGAGGGAUGAAGAACACGACAUUUUGGCCGGGCGGUACCUGAAUGCUGGUGAGAUGAUUCAAGCAGGUAUGCGUUUGCAUAUUGAUGUCUUUGAAAUUCUUGUGCUGGAUAGCUUGCAGGUUUCUUCUGGCGGGGAGGAGCAGAUCGAGAUAGUCGAUCUAACCACUUCGGAGCAUCAAAUCACGAGACCGAAUCCACGGAUUGGAGGAAGGUUUUGGGUGCUUGUUGAUGACGAAGAAGAGGAGGUCGAGGAUCGUCACUCGGUUGCAGCCAAAGAUCCAAAAGAAACGCCCUCCGACGUGAUCUGCGAGGCGUUCAGCCCUGGGUACUCGGAAGAGGAGGUGGCCACGUUGGUUGACGACAUUGUCCGGGCGAUGAUCCGGCGCGGAUUGGGAUGCAUCCCGAGGAUAAGGUGGAGGUUGUUCGCCGGAGUAUUCACCAGAGGACGGCGGCGACUGCGAUCCGGCCUUGGAAAGGGCCUCUACCUAAGGUUAUUUUCAGAGCCACGGCGUUGAUCCGUACGUGGUCGUUACUCACUCCGACGGAGGCCAUGGAGCGUUUGGUUACUGGAUCUAUCCGCUAGGAGAUGGUAGCUCGGAAUAUCUUCAACCAGUUGGCUAGUUUACCUAUCUCUCUUUUGCCAGCCGGUUGUGGCGUCCUUUAUUUGGCUAGUUUGUCUUCUAGCCCUUUUUGGCUCUGUGUGAGCUAUUCUUUACUUUUCGUUUGGAGACU